CUUUUCUUUAAAGUUUAAACCAAACCCCCCACCAACUCCUUUCUCUUCUUCAUCUUCCCCAACUUCCACACUUCUUCCACUGCAAAUUCUCUCUCCUCUUCAACAACAACAACAAUGGCGGACUCACCAGAAAAACUCGUCUACCUUCACGGUGACCUCGACCUCAAAAUCCAUGAAGCUCGUCACUUACCUAACAUGGACCUCACUUCCGAGCGUCUUCGUCUCUGCUUCUCCGCCUGCGCCUGCAUCCCGUCUCGCAAAUCCCCAGAAGCACGCCCCUCCGAAGACUCCUCCACUCACCACCGCCCUCACCCUCGCAUUAUCACCAGCGAUCCUUACGUCGCCGUCGUCGUACCUCAAGCAACAAUCGCUCGUACUCGCGUAAUCCCUAAUUCUCAAAACCCUCACUUCAAUGAACAAUUCCACAUUCAAAUGGCUUAUCCUGCUUUCAAUUUAGAAUUCCAAGUUAAAGACGACGACGUUUUCGGCGCUCAGAUUAUCGGCAUUUUUACACUCUCAGCUUCUCGUGUUCUCACUGGAGAACUCAUCUCUGGUUGGUUCUCGAUUCUCUCUCCUUCCUCUGGUAAGCCGCCGAAACCUGAUGCCGCAAUUCGUAUUGAAAUGAAAUUUACACCAUGUGAUAAGAUUACUGAUCUUAGUGUUACUAAGAAAGGGGUGAAAGCUACUUAUUUUCCGCUUCGCAUUGGAAGUUCUGUUAAAUUAUACCAGGAUGCUCAUGGGAGAGAUGAUUUGUUGCCGGAAAUUAGGUUGGAUGGUGGAGAAGUUUAUAAACAGGGGAAAUGUUGGGAAGAUAUUUGUUAUGCUAUUUCUGAAGCUCAUCAUUUGAUCUACAUUGUUGGUUGGUCUGUUUUUCAUAAAGUGAAGCUUGUUAGAGAACCUACUAAACCUUUACCUAGAGGAGGAGAUCUUACUCUUGGGGAGUUAUUGAAGUAUAAGUCUGAAGAAGGUGUUAGGGUUUUGUUGUUGGUUUGGGAUGAUAAGACUUCUCAUAGCAAGUAUUUCAUUAACACGGAAGGGGUUAUGGCAACACACGAUGAAGAAACACGGAAGUUUUUUAAGCAUUCGUCAGUUAUGUGUGUCCUAUCGCCUCGUUAUGGUAGCAGUAAACUUAGCUACUUCAAGCAACAGGUUGUUGGAACCUUGUUUACACAUCAUCAGAAAUGUGUGCUUGUAGAUACACAGGGAUAUGGUAACAACAGAAGGAUCACUGCUUUCUUAGGAGGUCUAGAUCUGUGUGAUGGACGCUAUGACACACCUGAGCAUAGACUCUUCCGUGAUCUCGACACAGUAUUCCAGGAUGAUUUUCACAAUCCCACAUUUCCUGCUGCAACAAGAGCUCCAAGGCAACCAUGGCACGAUUUGCAUUGCAAAGUUGACGGUCCUGCAGCAUAUGAUGUCCUCAUAAACUUUGAACAGAGGUGGAGAAAGGCAACGAAAUGGAAAGAGUUCGGAUGGCGGAAGAAAAUGUCUCAUUGGCAUGAUGAUGCUUUAAUAAAGAUUGACCGUAUCUCUUGGAUACUUAGUCCUCAGCGUGAAGCAACUGAUGAUGAUGUUACUGUAAUUCCAGAAGACGAUCCUGCAUUAUGGGUUUCAAAGGAAGAGCAUCAAGAAAAUUGGCAUGUUCAGGUAUUUCGUUCGAUUGACUCAGGAUCUCUGAGGGGAUUCCCUAAAACAGUCCAGCUUGCUAAAGCUCAGAACCUUGAGUGUGCAAAAAAUCUGGUGAUAGAUAAGAGCAUACAAACAGCAUACAUCCAGGCAAUCAGAUCUGCAGAGCACUUUAUAUAUAUCGAAAAUCAGUAUUUUAUUGGAUCGUCAUAUGCAUGGCCUUCAUAUAAAGAUGCAGGAGCUGAUAAUUUGAUCCCUAUGGAGUUGGCAUUGAAAAUUGCCAGUAAAAUUAGAGCUAAGGAAAGAUUUGCGGUGUAUGUUAUCAUACCAAUGUGGCCUGAAGGUGAUCCAAAAUCUGCUGCUGUGCAAGAAAUUCUUUAUUGGCAGGGGCAAACAAUGCAAGCGAUGUAUGAAGUUGUUGCCCGUGAACUGAAAACAAUGCAGAUUACAGAUUUGAAUCCUCAAGAUUAUCUAAAUUUCUAUUGUCUUGGUAAUCGGGAAGAAAUUUCUGAGGAUAUGCUGAAUGAAUCGGACCAAUCUAGUGACAAGGUUUCUGAUUCAUACAAGUACGGCAGAUUUAUGAUUUAUGUACACGCCAAGGGAAUGGUUGUUGAUGAUGAGUAUGUUAUAGUGGGAUCUGCUAACAUCAACCAAAGGUCCUUAGCCGGUACUAAAGACACAGAGAUUGCUAUGGGUGCUUAUCAACCCCAUCAUACUUGGUCUAACAAGAAGAGACAUCCAAGAGGCCAGAUCUACGGUUAUAGAACAUCAUUGUGGGCCGAGCAUCUCGGUAUGCUACACGAGUGCUUUGACGAACCGGAAAGUUUAGAAUGUGUGAGGAAGGUGAAUGACAUUGCUGAAGAUAACUGGAACAAAUUCACAGCUGAAGGUUUUUCAACAUUGCAGGGCCACCUACUCAAGUAUCCAUUACAGGUGGAUGCCGAUGGUAAAGUCGAACCCUUGCCAAAUUACGAAUCCUUCCCUGACGUUGGAGGUAAAGUGAUUGGUGCUCCUUCCAACACACUUCCUGACGUUCUUACAACAUAGAGUCUUGAGGAUUUGAUUUUACUGUUGUUGUAUUAUUUUAUUUUUGCUUCUUUCUUCAUUCUUUUCUCUUCAUUCACUACCCUUCUUCUUUCCCUUUGUAAGACUGGGGGGAGGGGAUUUGUUUGUUGAUUGACAAACCUGUAAAUGCAGCAACGAUAGAUUUUCGUAUACCUGGGUGAAAUGUAAUUGUUGAACAUAUCUUUUCUUAUACAAGUACAUGGUGUUCCUGUUUGGGAAGAGAUAAGACUGAUUCAUUUGUGUUUUUUU